AUGAAGUUCACCGCAAUUCUUGUUAUAGCCCUGUUCGCUAGCCUUAUCGAGGCUGUGCUGCCACCGAAGACUCCGGCGAAAGCGGCAAAAGCGGCAAAAGCUCGCCGUCCAAGAAAAAGAAACACGACAAGAGUACAAAGAAACACGAGGGGAUGGGACGCCAGAGUACACGUGACCAGGGGGGUAACUCUUGGAGUUCGUGAUUGCCGGAACCCUUGGGGUUCUACAAAAUAUGGUGCCUGUAUUGUUUUUGAGAAUUGGAAAAGAAAGGAAGUCCCUUGUGGUGAUUAUUCUGUACGGCUGACGAUUCCGCUCAUAACUGUCUUUGGCAUGGGGGAUAUGCAGAAUGCACUUAGAGGUUGUAGCUUUGCGUGA